GAGUAUAGAAUAGUACAAAAAUGCGGUCCGUGGCAAAGGCGUGGAAGACGCCAAAGAACUGAUGAGCAAAUCAACCCAGAAAAUGAGCACUGAUGGCUCCAUCUCCUACUCUGAAACCAACAAAAUUUCCUCAUUUUUUAGGAGAGAGAAAAUACCCCAACUCAAUUAUUCACAACAACAACAACAACAAAAUCAUUAUUUUGCCUUUUUCCCCUUUUUCAUUCAUGGAUGAAUCUAGCAGUAAUGAAAAAACCCCAAUUUGUAACUUAGUUCAAGAUCAUCUUUUCUCAAUUCUUCUCCUUUUACCCAUUAAUUCAAUCCUUUCUUUUGCUCAAACUUGCAAAAAGUUCAAAUCUUUAGCUUCAUCUGAUAAUUUGUGGGAGUCUAUUUGUAGAAGAGAGUGGGGUCCCACCUGUGUUGAUGCCCUUAAAUCUUCUUCAUAUUUUGCUAAUAAUAAUAAUAAUAAUAAUGGUGAAAUUAAUUUUAUGCCAUGGAUGAAGCUGUACAAGCAGGUAGCUCAAUUGGGGUCUGUUUCUUGCUUAAAAUUGAGUGACCCAGUUGCUCAUAAUUUGGGUCCUUGCCCUAGAGCUUCUCAUUCUCUCAAUUUUGUCUCAAAUUGCUUGGUUUUAUUUGGUGGUGGGCGUGAAGGAGGUCGUCAUCUUGAUGAUACUUGGGUUGCGUAUCUUGGUUACGAUUUAAAAACCAUAUCAAAAUGGCAGAAAGUGACCUCAGGAAUUCCUAGUGGACGUUUUGGGCAUACUUGUGUCGUAAGUGGUGAUUUUCUCAUACUAUUCGGAGGCAUCAAUGAUCAUGGUGUCCGUCAAAACGACACCUGGGUUGGAAAUAUUGUUCAUAAUGAGACAUAUGGUAUUAACUUGUGUUGGAGGCUGCUUGAUGUGGGCUCAGCAGUACCAUUACCACCACCACGUGGAGCCCACGCUGGGUGCUGCAUGGAGAACAAGAGAAUGCUUAUUCAUGGAGGGAUUGGUCCAGAUGGUGUUAGAUUAGGAGACUUGUGGAUCUUGGAAAUGUCAGAUAACUUCGGUCAUGGAACUUGGCAUGAAAUUGUUACCCACCCAAAACCACCACCGCGUUCGGGACAUACUUUGACUUGUAUUGAUGAUACACAAACACUCCUUUUUGGGGGAAGGGGAUUAGGUUAUGAUGUCCUUAAUGAUGCCUGGAUUUUCGAUGCCUCAGAGGGUCAUCCAAAGUGGGUACUGGUUAGAUUUGACUUAUCAAACACUCCCUGGGGAAUUAACCUUCCAAGAGUUGGUCAUUCGGCUACCCUUGUCCUAGGAGGUAAACUUCUUAUUUACGGAGGUGAAAACUCCCAAAGGCACAGAAAAAAUGACUUUUGGUUGUUAGAUGUGAACGCCAUAAAAAAGAACCCUUUCUCAUCUAGAAUGUGGAGAAGACUAAAAUCCCGUGGAUAUAAACCCAAGGCUCGCUCCUUUCACGCAGCAUGCUCUGACCAUACAGGCCGUCUGUUGUAUGUGUUUGGUGGAAUGGUCGAUGGAUUACUUCAACCAGCAGAACCAUCUGGUCUUAGAUUUGAUGGUGAUGUCUUUGCUGUGGAACUUUGCUUGACUGGUUGACCCUUAGCUAACUCUUAACAACUAGAAUCAAUCUCUCUCUAUGUGGUAUGUUGUACGAGAGAGACGUGUAGAUCUACAAAGCAAUUCCAAUAAGAUGUUGCAGGUAGACUUUGGUACAGGAAACUCUUUUUAAGUUGUACAUACUUGGGAUGGUUUCAGUUUUGCGUGUAAAAUGGUUAGAUAACAUUUGUAAAUUAGUAUGGUUAUGGUUAUGACGCAGUUGAAGACGGGUUAUGGUUUACGUUCAGGAAUUUGAUGCUGGUAUUGCAUGAACUAUGGCUUUAGGCAAUUCAUGUCAUGUUUACUAGGCACAAUCUUGUACAGUAUAUUGUUUAUGUAGCUCUUCUAAUAAAUAGAUUGUGAAUAAAUUUGUAAGUGAUCUAUCAUUUUGAAUGGUUUAUAGCCUUGUAAUAAAAACUUGUGGUACA